AUGGCAAGAUUGGCGUUCUAGUCCUAAUUUAAAAUGCUCCCCGUUUUCCCUAUAAAUUAGCCUCAAACUUUGUUGGUAAUGUGUCAUCAUUUAUUAUCUUACAUAAUACCGAAAUGUUAUCUCCCAAACUGACAAACCAGUCUCCCAAAAUACACCGCCCGAAAUUCUUUAGAUGGCGCGCGCACAUUAGCAAACACUGACUAACGGAGGACGAGACAAAGAGGAAGGAGUGGAGGACACACACACGCACACACACACACACACACACACACAGCCGCAGGUGCCGCGAGGAAAGUAGGAGGAGGAGGCAGGUGCGCGCGGACCGACGGACAGCGCCGGAGCCGUUGCUGCGCGCGCUGAGCCUGUUCCAUACAUCAUCGACUCUAAAAAGAUAAGAGAAAAAGAAGAAAAUAGAGAAUAAGAAAAGAAGAGAAGAAAUAAGCAUAGUGGAGAGUGAGAAAGGCGCGUGUGAGCCGCGGCGAUGGCCGGCGGCCGGAGGGGGCUCGUGGCCCCUCAAAACACUUUCCUGGAGAAUAUAGUGAGGAGAUCGAACGUUUGGACAUUAUCACGUAGACAGACAGAUACAAACUUUGUGUUGGGAAACGCUCAGAUCGUGGACUGGCCCAUCGUCUACAGUAAUGAUGGAUUCUGCAAGCUAUCUGGAUACCACCGUGCUGAGGUCAUGCAGAAGAGCAGCACCUGCAGUUUUAUGUACGGUGAACUCACAGACAGAGAAACAAUGGAGAAGGUGCGACUGACAUUUGAGAACUACGAGAUGAACUCAUUUGAGAUCCUAAUGUACAAAAAGAAUAGAACACCAGUGUGGUUCUUUGUGAAAAUUGCUCCCAUACGGAAUGAACAGGAAAAAGUGGUGCUUUUCCUAUGCACAUUUAAUGACAUCACAGCCUUCAAGCAGCCAAUCGAAGAUGACUCCUAUAAAGGUUGGGGUAAAUUUGCACGCCUGACCAGAGCUCUGACCAGCAGUCGAGGCGUCCUGCAGCAGCUCCAGCCCACCGUCCACAAAGGAGAAAACGUUCAUAAACACUCCCGUCUGACCGAGGUGCUGCAGCUCGGCUCAGACAUCCUGCCUCAGUAUAAACAGGAGACGCCGAAGACGCCGCCGCAUAUCAUCCUACACUAUUGCGCCUUCAAGACCACGUGGGACUGGGUAAUCCUUAUCCUCACUUUCUAUACAGCCAUCAUGGUCCCCUACAAUGUCUCGUUCAAGACCAAGCAGAACAACGUGGCAUGGCUGGUGGUGGACAGCGUAGUGGACGUCAUCUUCCUGGUGGACAUCGUCCUCAACUUCCACACCACAUUUGUGGGGCCGGCUGGUGAGGUCAUCUCUGACCCCAAACUUAUCCGUAUGAACUACCUGAAGACGUGGUUUGUCAUUGACCUGCUGUCCUGCCUCCCUUAUGAUGUCAUCAAUGCCUUUGAGAACGUCGAUGAGAACUGGGACCCUCAAGAUGUCACUCAAGGCAUCAGCAGUUUGUUCAGUUCUCUGAAGGUGGUGCGUCUACUGCGUCUGGGCCGAGUGGCACGUAAACUGGAUCACUAUAUUGAAUAUGGUGCCGCCGUGCUUGUGCUGUUGGUGUGUGUGUUUGGUCUCGCCGCACACUGGCUCGCAUGUAUCUGGUACAGUAUCGGAGACUAUGAAGUCAUUGAUGAGGAGACAAAUGUGGCACGUAAGGACAGUUGGCUGUACAUGCUGGGCGAGACGGCAGGCACACCAUACCGUUUUAACGCCACGGGUACGGGCAGGUGGGAGGGUGGCCCCAGCAAGGACUCAGUCUACAUCACCUCACUAUACUUCACCAUGACCAGUCUGACCAGCAUUGGCUUUGGCAACAUUUCACCCACCACUGAUGGAGAGAAGAUCUUCGCCGUGGCUAUGAUGAUGAUUGGAUCACUCCUCUAUGCCACCAUCUUUGGUAACGUGACCACGAUCUUCCAGCAGAUGUAUGCCAACACUAACCGUUAUCACGAGAUGCUGAACAGUGUGCGAGAUUUCCUCAAACUCUACCAGGUUCCUAAAGGCCUGAGUGAGAGAGUGAUGGACUACAUCGCCUCCACCUGGUCCAUGUCCAGGGGGAUUGACACAGACAAGGUGCUGCAGAUCUGUCCUAAAGACAUGCGAGCUGAUAUCUGUGUGCACCUGAACAGGAAGGUAUUUAAGGAACAUCCCGCUUUCCGAUUGGCCAGCGAUGGCUGUCUGCGAGCGCUCGCCAUGGAGUUCCAGACCAUCCACUGCGCACCAGGGGACCUGAUUUACCACGCGGGGGAAAGCGUCGACACACUGUGCUUCGUCGUCUCAGGGUCACUCGAGGUCAUCCAGGAUGAUGAGGUUGUCGCCAUACUGGGAAAAGGUGAUGUAUUUGGAGAUGUGUUCUGGAAGGAGGUGACGUUAGCGCAGUCAUGUGCUAACGUGAGAGCGCUAACAUACUGCGACCUGCAUGUAAUUAAACGUGAUGCGCUACAGAAAGUUCUGGAGUUUUACACACCAUUCUCCAACCACUUCUCACGCAACCUGUUGCUGACCUACAACCUCCGCAAACGGAUUGUGUUUAGGAAGAUCAGUGAUGUGAAGCGUGAGGAAGAGGAGCGGCUGAAGAGGAAGAACGAGGCGCCACUUGACCUACCACCUGAUCAUCCAGUGCGACGUUUGUUCCAGCGCUUUAGGCAGCAAAAAGAGGCGCGACUGGCUGCGGAACGGUCCAAUCGUGAUGAACAGGAUGUUGAGAAGGGCCACGCCCACAAUGACAUAAUCACACACGACCCUGUGGCCACCACCAGUAUAGUAACAGUCACUGAGAGCCCGGCCACGCCCAUUCCCUCAAAUUCCAGGCCCGGUCAUGUGCGGAAUCCCUCGGACAGGGAUAAACUGAAAGCACCUAAUGCACUUGGAAUUUUCCGGGCAUCAGAGAGCCGUGGCACUCGGGGUUGGGCACGCAUCAGGGAGAGCAGGGCCAAACCAGACGGCUGGGCCAACGUAGCUAAAGCUGAGUCGAUGGAAACUCUUCCCGAGCGCGGUUGCAAAUCAGCUGAGCCCGGGAAUCUAAAAAAAACAGACUCUUGCGACAGCGGCUUUACCAAGAGUGACCUGAGGCUGGACGAAGGGGGCGGAACUAGAACGCCUACAGACCGCAGUCCGGUCAGUCAACUGGACAAAAAGCCGCCACCCACCGUCCCGCCCAUCCCUGAACAUACACUUCACAGCACGUUGCUUGAUUUGCGUGCUGAGCUCAGGGCCGAGUUAAUGUCACUCGGGACUCGCAUUAAUGCACUCGAGUCGCAGUUAGCUGAAGUGUUGCAGCUGCUCCGGGCCAGAAAAGCUUCAACAACACGCACUCCUCCGUUAUUCCCCAUCUCGCAUCCCGCAUCACCCGACUCAGACAAGGAGGACGUCUUCUGCUAAAGGGACAUGUGUAUGUGGGCACGGAGCAAUGUUCACUCACCGGGACAAGCGAAAGUCCCCGUGAUGAGAGGAAUACAGGACAUUUUUAACAUUAUGGGGAUGUCAGAAGAAUUAUUUAUUUUUACUAAAUAAAUGCAGCUUACAGCUAAAAGCUUUCAUUUUUGAGUACUAAGGUCAAAGUAGUUUGUUUCUUUAAUUUAGCACUGGAGCUAUGAUGCUAAUGCUAGUGUAGCUAACAGUAAGAGAAGUCACCCAAAAUAUUUACUGAAAAUCUCUUCUUAGUCCACACCGACCACACCCACUUCUCAGUGAUGUCACAUAGACCACUCCCACUUCCUCAGUUAUGUUGCAUAGACCAUGCCCACGUCCUCAGUGAGGUCACACGUGUGUUGAUGUGGUUUAGAACGUCCUGUCAUCUAUAAACAUCAGCUAAAGCUCACCGUGUAGCUCAGUGCUGGAACGUUAGUUAUGGAGGACGUUGUCUUGGACAAGUGUGUUAACAGAAAAUAUUAUGAGAUUCUCACAGGAUUAAAACCUCACAUGUAAAACUGUAACCAUCGUAAAGAAGAUGUUUGUGACUCUGUUUUAAAACACACAGCCUGUAGUUCUAAACUAUUUUAUGGCAUGAGCGGUGCUGAUUAACACCAUAUCCUUAACAUAAACAAACUGUUUUUAAAAGUUUAAUAUAAUAAUGGAGCUGAUGGUUAAAAAACCAAAAUCAAAAUGACACAAGCAAGUUACUGAGCAGCGAGAACAAACUGCCCUGUGGCUUUUCAUUUUAGUUUGUUAUUAGCAGAACAGUGACAUUAGUCAUGGAUGCAGCUUCAAUGUAGUUACGCUAGUUUUAGCACAUAGCUUGUAGCAUAGCUUUAGCUAAUUGCAUUAAUGUAACAGAAUGUAUAUAAAGAAAUCAGACGUCUGGUGUAUGGGUCAUUUUUCUCCUAGAGUAGCACUUCUUCUCCUGAUGAAAUAAACACAUUCAGGGCAUAUCUCUCCACAAAAAUGCAUCACCAGACUAAUGCGAGAUCGUGGAAUUUUUACAGCAUGGACGAGUUUAAACUCCGUUUGUCAGUAUUUCAGUGUUGCAAAGUAUUUUCUUUACUGCACAAUCACUUUCUCGUGAUCUGAGUUUGGCAUCAUUCUGCCCCCAGGCUUCAUCACGUGUUAACUACAUCUGCAUCAUAGCGCCAGUGCAACACUGUAGAAGUAAACACACACACAAACACACACACACACACACACACACACACACAAACACACACACAGACUUAUGCACACAGCUGAUUGACUAUACAUGGGGUGAACGGACUGUGAAAAAUAGUUAAAUUGCUGAACUAAAUACAGAAUAAAGAUCAAAUCUUUAAUUAAUCUUUAACCUCAGGCAGACUGACUGACACACACACACAUACGCACACACACACACACACACACAAAUGUUAAAGACAGUUAAUUGAUUGCAUGAAUGCAUUCAGGCUUCUGUAGAUUUAAAAAAAAAACAUAAAAUAUUAUUUAUUGCAAUAAAACAUUUUGUAC